AUGUCCAGCUACUACAGUCAACAACCCGCCUACAAGAGAUCGAAGAGUGUCAAGAGUGACCAUGAAAUCACUCUCAAUGGCCCCCUUGAUGUUGUGGGAUCUGUCAAGUCUGGAAGCAGCAUCAACUUGAAUGGUGAUGUGAUUGUUCGUGAGAAGCUUGAUGCAUAUGGAUCCAUUGGUCUCAAUGGGAACAUCACAUGCGAUGGAAAAGUCCAGGCUUAUGGAACUAUCGCAGUGAAUGGCUAUACUAUGGCCAACGACAAGAUCAAGGGCCGUGGAAAGCUCAGAGUUAUGGGAACACUUGUUGGAACAGACCUAGAAAUUUAUGGAAACAUCACCAUCACAGGACACCUACGCCUUGUCGCCUACGGAAACAUCACACUGAUAGGAAGCGAUUCAUCAUACUAUGCCGAAGAGUCUGAACAAAUCGCUGGAGCAGUCAUGAUGAGGGAAGCUGAACCCGACUGGGAAUACUAG